AUGUCUUUCCAGCAACCUUCGACGCCGCUCGUGGCGACGCCGGGGUUGCCAUACACUUCGCCCGGUCAUGCACACAGCGGAGGUUUUUCUGCAGGUGAAGGCGCCUCGGCGGGCGGCCACGACGCGCCAAGCGCGCAGGCAGCCGCUCCAGGGGGACCCGUGAGCGGAAACGACUCUUCUCUCGACCGGACGAUCCGCGCAAACAUUCAAACGAUACGAUCGAAUCUCCUCGCCAUUGAAGAAAACCUCGGAAAUUUGAAUCGGCGCUUCGUGUCUCGGCGCAUUGUCGAGAGCCUCCACGAUCGGCUGCGCGAGACCUACGACAUCGUCCUGUCGACGGAGCGGCUGUUUAAAGCCUGGCAAGCGGAGCAGCAAGGCCAGUCACUCGACGCUUUGGAGCGACAGCGGCGGCGAUUUUUGUACGAGAAGCUCUCGGCUCACUUCCAGGAAGAAAUAAGGAAAGUCCAGGCCAUCUCAGAGCGCGUUCGCGAAGCGGCGGAGCGCGUUGCAGACGGCAGCUCUUUUCCGGCGGAGAACGGCCGCUCCGCAGAGGCGAGCAGCGGCGAGGGCCUUCCGAGCCCAACGGCGCCGAUGUCUCCACUGGUGCCGAGCGGUCGCGGCUGGCGAAACGGGUCUGAAGACAGAGCAGCGCUCCGCCCGACCGCUGCGGCGGCGCAGAGCGGCCACGCAGGCUCUUCGACGGAGCUGUCAAGGAAGAGCGGACGCGCAGGAACCGGCUCGGGGGUUGUGUUGGACUUGGAGAACGUCACGAUGUUGGACGACGAUGAGCGAGACCAGUUUUUCAUCGGAGACGACGAACAGGAGAUGUGCAACGAAAUGGCCGACGUGGCAGAGCAUGAGAGCCUCCUCCAGCGAGUCGUCGCCGAGGAACGCUACAGAGGUUUGCAACGCAUCCACGGCCAGGUGAAGCAGGCGAAUCAGAUCUUCAAGGAUCUGGCCCAGCUAGUUCUCCAGCAGGACGCGGGCGUUGAGAGUAUUGAAUCGCAGAUGCACUCGGCGCAUAGCCACAUCAAAGGUGCAGCGUCGGAGUUGCGCAUCGCUCACCAGAUGCACAGGCGGUCACGCCAGCGACGUUGUCUGCUGUUAUUCCUCAUCUUUGCCGUUCUUUCCUUCCUCCUUUAUUUCUACUCGUCCCUGUCUGCCGUCCAGCGAAGCCCUCCGAGCAUAGCUUCGGACACGUCCCUCUCUCUCUCAGCCCCGGUUGCUUUGUCGGAGCGUUCGUCGGGGGCUUUCGAGUCUGUUAUCUCGCCAGUAGUGGGCCAAAAUGGAAAGAACGAGGGCACCAGUGUGCCGCCACACGCGAUAGUCGGGAGUCGGCAGCUGCCCGGAACUAUAUCGGCUACGCAACUUACGGGGCGUGGGACACGCUUUUCAAUCGGAAACGCCAUGGAGCGGCUCCUUGAAUCGGCCCCUAUGGGCGCAGGAGGCCCGGGGCUCUUUCUGCCUAGUCCCCUCGGUGGCGCGCCUCUCGAUCGCGGACUGCGCCCCCAAAGCGCGAACUAA